GAAACACAAGACUUCGCACAGUAAGCAUCCACCUUCCGAUCACCUUCUCCAUUCUGUUUCUCCGAGAACCAGAACACUCCCAAGAUGUCUUAUUGUGGGUCCGUCUGCCAUGUGCCUUAUGCUUCCAAUAGCGGAUCCUGUGCGCUGGUCUCAUCGUAUGGAUCCGGCACCCUCACCGGUCUUGCCGCCAACUACUACACAGGGGGCCACGUCAAUUGUUCCAGCCAACUCACCGGAUCGGAACUCAUCAUCCAACCUCCGGCCUCAGUGGUGUCCAUCCCAGGUCCCAUUAUAUCCUCCACUCACGAUCCAGUCUCUGUGGGCCAGGUGACACCAUGUAGCUACACUCACCCGCUGAACUCCUACGGGGCGUACGGCCGGCUUGGAUACUGGGGCUAUGGGAACUACGGGAACUACGGAAACUACGGAGGUUGGAGAAGGUACAGCCGCAAAUGCCUGACGUACAACUGAGAACUUUGUGAAGGGUUGACUUCCCACGAUGUGGAACCACCUGGAAAGGAAAACGAGAUCUCCAUUUUGGUCUGUUGUGUUGUUCUCGGUGUACGUGAUGCUUGCUAAGUUCUUCCGGCCCCAUCCUUUCCAGUUUGCGCCGAAGGUAGAGAUGGUGUGCUACUAAAGCUGGAAAGUUCUCUCCCCAUUUUUUGCUCCUCCUUUACUCAUUUCAAAUACACUGUUUUUAACUUUGAAUAGCUGUGAAAAAAAAAAAAAAAACCAACAGAACAACGUUGCUCAUUUCUGCCUUGUGUACAUUAUUCCUUAGCACAUGUAUCGCCUUCUGAUCUCACACUUUCAUAAUAAAGCUUA